AGAGGAAAUAAUUAAAAGAACGGAAGAAUAUAAGAAUAUAAAAAUAAUAAUAAAAUAAGUUUGGAAAAUAAUUAAAUAAUGUGUAGUUAAAUUUAGAAAAUGAAAGUGUUUAGCUAAAUUUUUUUGAACUAUUUUAGCUGACUAUUUAACUUUUUUAGCUUUUAGUUAUUAUAGCUCGAUCACUCAAUGCAAAUUAUUAUUAAACACCACGGAUCAAGUCAAAUAUCUUUAUAUAUUAAAAGUGCCUAUCUAACGCCAAUUCUUGGUUUAACGAUUGUUUUUGGUUUAUCUGUUUAUUUUAACAGAAUAUACCCUUCUUUAACAGAAUAUUCAUAAUUAAUUUUAUAUUAUUUUAUAAAUUAUUCUAAUAAAAUAAAUAAAAUUAUUGAUAUUUUUUCAAUCGUUAACUGACAAAAUGAAAAAAAUAUUAUACAAUUUAGGUAUAGCCUAAAAACUUGGAAAGUAAUUAAGUAUUAUAUAAAGUAGCUACAUCCUUUUUGAAUUUUUGUAGCCUAGCAACGAGAAAACGACACCAGCGUUACAAGAAAUCACCGCUUCAAACAUCCAUGGCAAGGUAAGUUGAUCCUUAUUUUCACAUGUCUCUAAUUCUCUUCUCUCCUAUGAUAUUGAUUCUUUUGGUGUUGAUCUGUUGGUUACUGUCCUUGAGUCAGAGAAGAAGCCAAUGUUUUUUUUUUUGAAAAAGCUUAAAUGGAUGCUCUUUGAAGAUGUAAAAUAUUUCAAAAAGCUAAAUGGGUGCUCUUUGGAGAUGUAAAAUUUUUCAUAGGAUUCCGAUAUGGUGGAGAUGGUACUACUGGGGGUGUCCGAUAGCGUGGAGCUUGUACGGAUUGGUGGUAUCGCAGUAUGGUGAUGUAAAGGAAGAAAUGGACAAUGGUGAGAGUGUAGAAGAAUUUGUGAGACGUUACUAUGGGUAUGAUCGAGAAUUUCUUCCUGUGGUUGCUAUCGUCAAUGUGGCUUUCACUGUCACCUUCGCCUUCAUCUUUGUCCUUUCCCUUAAGGCAUUCAAUUUUGAGAGGAGAUAAUUAACUCAUUAUUUAUUUAUUCUUUUUUAUGGUAAAAAGUGAAAAAUAAAAUGAUUAAUAUAAAUUAUUGUUGAAGAGUAUAUGAUUAUUAAGUAUUCGUGUAUAUUAAACUUUAUUCGUGUAUAUUAAACUUUAUUUAAUAUUAUUAUUUUACAUCUAAAGUUGUUAGAGCACAUUAAUCAGCAGUGAUGAUGCUCUCGAGUAAGUUUUUUCCUAUGAAUUGCAGGCCCCGUUUUUAAUAUGAGUUUAGGAUUUUUCUUACUUUGAUUUUCUUACUUGGUGAGAUGGUUGUGUGAGUAUUUAAUGGGGCUGUUUUUCAUUGUGACAGGUUUAUUCAACCAACUUUCCAUUUCACAUCAAGAAAUUUGCAAAGAGGUUUGCUUGCAUUGCAAAAUCUGUUUUUUUUUUCUCCCCUUACUUCAUGUUGCCAGUGAUUUCACAAAUAAAACGUCAAGACCCAAUUCUCACAUAUUUUAACUUUGUCAAAGUUUGGUUGAAGUAGUAGUUACAUGAAAAGUAAUGACUUAAGUACAAUUGAGUUGUGGUUGGCUGAUUAUCACUCAAUAUUAUUGCCUCUUGUGAAAUCGGUGAAAUCGUACUUGAGGGUUUGUAUUCAUUGAAAAUUUAUAGGUUAAAACUUUAACUAAUAAUUCUCUUCCCC